GCAGCAUGGCUACCAAGCAGUCUGAGGAUGCACUUGGGGACUUGAGUGACGAGAGCCGAAGCAGUGGACUCAUGUUGAGGAUCAGGAGAUUCAAGCCUGAGGAAGUUUUCACCUGGCAGCUGGCCAAGACGUUGGCCAUGGGUCAGGGUCUGGCUGGGCUCAUCUGUGGGACGGCCAUCAGCUCCCAGUACCUGGCCUCCAACUUCCAUAUGAACACACCCAUGCUGCAGAGCUUCUUUAACUACGCCCUGCUGUGUGUUACCUACACCACCAUGCUGCUCUGCAGAACAGGGGAUGGCAAUAUUUUACAGAUACUGAAGAAGCGCUGGUGGAAGUAUCUCCUGCUGGGGCUGGUGGACGUGGAGGCCAACUACACCGUGGUUAAAGCGUACCAAUACACCACCCUCACCAGCGUUCAGCUGCUGGACUGCUUUGUGGUCCCGGUUCUGAUGAUCCUGUCCUGGUGGUUUCUGAAGACACGAUACAAUACGGUCCACUACAUAGCCGUCAGUAUCUGUCUCCUCGGGGUGGGGGCCAUGGUGGGGGCCGACCUGCUGGCUGGACGAGACCAGGGCUCCACCUCAAACAUCCUGCUCGGGGACGGUUUGGUGCUGCUCAGUGCUUCGCUGUACGCCGUGUCUAAUGUGUGUCAGGAAUACACCGUGAAGAACCUCAGCAGGGUGGAGUUCCUGGGAAUGGUGGGCCUGUUCGGCACCAUCAUCAGCACCGUGCAGAUGGUGAUCCUGGAACGUAAUGAAGUGGCUAACAUCCAGUGGAGCUGGCAAGUCGGGCUCCUGUUCUCUGCCUAUGCGCUGUGCAUGUACGCUCUGUACAGCUGUAUGCCCAUAGUGGUGAAGCUGAGCAGCGCCACCGCCGUCAACCUCUCCCUGCUCACCGCCGACCUCUUCAGCCUCUUCUGCGGGAUCUUCCUCUUCCAGUACAAUUUCUCUGGGCUCUACCUGGUCUCGCUGGUGGGCAUCCUCAUCGGCUUCAUCGCCUUCAAUGCCGUGCCAAUACCCACGGACCGCACGGACACCGCCGCCUCCUCUUCCUCCUCCAUAUGUGAGGAAGGUUACUCUGACGACCCCAAUUGUCAAUCGACGAUUCCCAAUGACCUUCCCAAGUGGGAGGCAGCCGUGAGGAUCACCGCUGAGGAAGAGGAGCAGCAGGGGCGUGGAGAGACGGAGGAGGGCUUGGAGGAAGAGCACAGAAGGAGAGGGAAGAAGAAGAGAGCAUCAAGACCAUCGCAGAGCCUCGGAAGAGGGAGCGGUGACGUGGAUGUUGUUGCUAUUAUACACAACACUAAAAUGUGAACUACAGCAUGGAAAACUGUCAACAUGUCAUAUAUUUUUCAGAACACAUUUAUUUAUUUAUUGAGACUUGAAUCUAUACAGAAAUGGACUUAGACAGGAUAUACGAUGGCACCAGAUGAUGUAGGCUACUGGAAAGUUGACCUGGGUGGCAAAUUGUUGUGCUCUUCUUUUUGCCAGGUAUUUCAACCAUAAUGUAACUGUGAUGCGGAAUGAUUUUGUGUCACCUUGUUAUUGUUGUGAUGGUUUUUGUCAUAAUUUUUUGUCUGUGGUUGUUUUGCCCCA